AACUUGUAAGCAACUGAGGUCUCUAGUUACUCUUCUGGUAUUUGUAAAGAGUGAAGAUUAAAUUCAUAUUAUCUCAGCGGGAUCUAAAUUUUCAUAAGAACCCAAUUGGGUUAGAAACGUUAAUCUCUUGAUUUAUUAUUUUGAAGACCCAAGUGAAGAUCUUGGGUGCCUUUCUUCACAAUAGCCUGUGAGAACUCCAGAGAUGUCUGGGGCACAGGAUCGAUUGGAGAUCAAGUUCCGGUUAUCGGACGGGUCAGAUAUUGGUCCCAAGAGUUUCACUGCUGCCACCAGUAUUGCCACCCUCAAGGAAACUAUCAUUUCUCAGUGGCCAAAAGAGAAAGAGAAUGGCCCAAGGACUGUGAAAGAUGUCAAGAUUAUAAGUGCUGGAAGGAUUUUGGAGAACAACAGAACAGUAGGAGAGUGCAGGAGCCCCUUAUGUGAUGUUCCUGAGGGAAUUACAACCAUGCAUGUUGUUGUCCAACCCCCUUCCUCAGAGAAUGGUACAGAAAAGAAAUUGGACCAAUUGAAGCAGAACAAGUGUGUGUGUGCUAUUUUAUAAUUUGCACUUUCAAGUGGAAAGAGUAUUGAAUCUUGUAAAAGAAUUGAAGUUGGUGGAACUCAAGUUUGGCGGUUGUGUGAAUACAUAUCGCUUCUUCAAAGUCUGUUGCUUUUUGUGUGCAAUUGCAUUAUUUGUCAAUUAUUGAAGUCCAUUAUACAGCUAUCCAUGUAUUGACAUCCUAGGAAUCUAUCAAAUUUUUUUAGGUUUUAAAUCAAUUUCUUUUGAUUGCAAAACCUGCUUUCAUAAAAGAUCUGAAAAGAGAGAAAUUUAAAAUUUCACACAAGUGGGAUAUAUAUAUUCCAUUGGUAAGUUUAUUGAGAGGUCAAGAUGUAGUGAAACAUGUAAGGUUAGCAGUA